AGAGAGUUUAGGGAAUUAAUAAUUCUAGGGGUAUUCAAUUAGAAAUUUCAAAUUUUUUAUAAAAAUCUUGGUGUAUUCAAUUGAGAUUCUUAAAGACUUCUUACAAUUCCCUAUAAAUUUAGGUGUAUUCAACUAUAACUUUUUGAAAGUCUCUAAAAGUUUAGGUGUAUUGAAAAAGGAAUUGGAUUUGAGUGGAUUUGUGAUUUGGUGGAUUUUGGAGGAUUUCAAGGUGAUAUGUAUAAAUGCCAAAGAGCUUGGCAAAUCUCACCUCAACUCUAGAAACUUUGAGAGAUUUUGAGCGUACUGCUCUUUGCUCCAGAGAGUGUCUUCUCCGGUCUCCGUCCCGUCAUUUCAAAUUCUUUGCGAAGGUACCAUCUUUCUUCCUCUGCAACUUCUUCCCAUUGUUUCGAAUAUUGUAAGCCUCCUGUUGUUCUUCACCUGCUUCGAUUCUAGGGUGUCCUUGUUGUGUAAUAUUACUUUCGUGCUCGUUUGUGGUAUAGGAUUAUGGGUUUUGUUUCUAUUUUUUUGGGUUUUUUUUUAGCGAUUUGUUUAAUUUUAGGGGUUUAUUUGGUUGGCAUUGUUAUAUGUUCUGUGGGGUUUUUUUUUCUAGCGAUUUGUUUAUCUUUCAGUUUUUUGUUAUAUGUCAAUCUGUUGUUUAUACUAUGCUUGUAAUCCCUAUUAAUCAAUUUGUUAUUAUCAUGUUAUGCCUUUUUAUAGUCAUUAUACUUGUUGCGUUAAUAACAUGUCAAUCUGUUGUCCCAAUCCUUUUUAUAGUCACUUAUACUUGUAAUCCCUAUUAUCAUGUUAUGCUUUUAUUGUCACGUCUCAUUGUUUUAUUAUAAUGUAUCAUCUAGUAAGAUUAUAAAUGGGAGAUUCACAACAAGAAAAGACAAAAGGAAACUAUAAUCAGUGGUCCGUGCAAGAGAACAACAUGUUGUUACAACUACUUGCUGAGGUCGUAAACAAUGGAUGGCGUGAUGCUAAUGGCAUAAUAAGUAAGCAGACCAUAGAAGCCAAAAUUGUUCCCGCGCUCAAUGAAAAACUUGGGUGUAAAAAAAAUGAAGAUCAUGUUAAGAACUAUAUGAAAACAUUGAAGGGUCGAUUUCAAUCAAUUUGUCAGUUUUUUAGACAUAGUUCUGGAUUUGGUUGGGACCUUGUCACAAAGAAGUUCACAUCUAGUGAUGAAGUAUGGGAAGGUUUCCUUAGGUCUCACCCAAAGAGUCAAGGUAUUCGCGAAGAGACAUUUGCAGACUAUGAAGAUUUGAUGACUGUUUUUGGUGAUGUAACAACUAAAGGAUAUAACUCGAUUGGAUUGGGUGAUGAUACUGAUGCCACAACAUAUAGAGUUGAAGAAAGUAGGCCAGUCAGAGUAGACGAAUUUCCUCCCUUUGAUGAGAACGUCGAGCAACUUGAUCCAUUAUUCCAAAGGUCAUACUAUGCAUCAUCUUUCCUAGAUGCAAAUUUUGAGGCUCCUGCUGCUACACCUAUACAAAAGCUACUUCCAAGGAAAAGAUCUCGACCUGAGUCUGAACCAAAAUUAAAUGGGACUACCUCUCAUAUCUUUCUAAUGGAAAAAGUUUUUGUUGGAAUGGAUUCGAUUGCUGCAAUUGCUGAAAUUCAAGGAAUUCAUUGCAUAAUGGCGAAAAAAGAAAAAGAUAGAGUAAAAAAAGAAAUGGAGAAAAAAGAAUAGGAGAAAAACAACAAUGUGUGGGAUGCUAUCAAAAAGACUCCAAACUUGGAUGCUCCUAGUCGUUACAAAGCAAUUGCGUUGGUUCAAAAAUUAGGAAUGAAAAAAGAGUUCUUGAAAAUGACACCAGAAUAACGCUCAGAAUGGAUAAAAUACAAUGUGGAGCGAAUGUGGUUAUUUUAGAUUUGUUUACAUCUUGGAGUGUUUACUUUUGUUUGAUAACAUGUUGACUUUGGUUUGGUUAUUUCAAAUUUGAUCUUGGAGUAUCUAAUUUGUUUGAUCAUACAUUGACUUUGGUUUAAAUGAUAGAAGAAGUAGUUUGUUUA